AUGUUAUUUCCUGUCUCGUCACUAUCUUCGCGCUCGGCAUAUCGGGUAAUCGCUGUGCUAUUGCUGUUUUUCCUCAUCCAGCAGUAUCUAUAUUUCCACGAAUCCGCCUCUGCCAGCCGAAAGCGUCCUCCUAAUGGCGAUCAGUCCGACCCGUGCGGCUCCCUCAAGGGUCUAGACGACCUGUUCGUAAUCCUCAGGACUGGAGCCACCGAGGCCCCCAAGAAACUCCCCGUCCACUUCACCACCACCCUCCGCUGCGUCCCGCACUUCGCCCUCUAUUCCGACUACGAAGAGGUCAUCGAAGGUCACCAGGUCCACAACGCCCUCGACGAGGUCGAUCCCGACAUCAUAGCGUCCCACCCCGAUUUUGAAUAUUACCGUCGCCUGCAGGAGGGAGGCAGGGCAGCCUUCUCGGCCGAGGAGCUGACACAAUGGGCGUCCGCGAAAAAUACGAACGGUGGUCGGGACUCCCCCGGCUGGAGGUUGGAUAAGUGGAAGUUCCUCCCGGUCGCCGACAAGGCGUUCCGACAGCAGCCGGACGCGAAGUGGUACAUCUUCAUCGAGUCCGACUCGUACAUGCUCUGGCAGACCCUGCUGCAAUGGCUGUCCCACUUCGACGCCUCGAAGCCGCACUACCUGGGCAUGCAGAUGCAGAUCGGCGACGUCAUCUUUGCAUACGGCGGCUCGGGGUUCGCCAUCUCCAACCCCGCGUUGAAAAAGGUUGUCGAGCACCGUCGCGCGAACCUGAAAUCCUACGACGACUUCACCGCCGGCCACUGGGCCGGCGACUGCGUCCUGGGCAAGGCCCUCAAAGACGCCGGCGUGAACCUCCUGUGGUCCUUCCCGACUCUCGUGGGCGACCAGCCGUCGGACAUGGACUAUAACACGUCCUUCGGGGGCGCAGACAAGACGCCGUGGUGCUAUUACGCCGCGAGCUUCCACCAUCUCCCGCCCGACGAAUACCCCAAAUUCGCCAAGUUCGAAGAAGUGUGGAAUCGGGAGCAUACCUCUCCCUUGCGCCACCGUGACGUCUUCCGCUCCUACGUCCUGCCGCGCAUUUCGACAGAGCAUUCCGAUUGGGACAACCUCUCCGACCACGACGAGGGCACGGUCGGUGCCUUCGAGGAGUGCCGCCAGGCUUGCGAGAAUAAGCCCGACUGCCUGCAGUUCUCCGUCGCCGACAAUACCUGCAAGACAUCCACGGCCCUCAAGUUAGGGCAUCGCGUCUCCCAAACCGAGAAGGUGAAAUCGGGAUGGAUUGCCGGACGGCUCAAAGACUACGUCCAACGCAUGGACGCAAAAUGUGGCCACAAAGACUGGAUACUGCCAUAA